AUGGCUUGGACGGCUGCGGCCACCCUGUGCUGCCGCCUCCUCCGCCUCCCCUCCGCCCGCCGCCCUCCCUCGUCCCGGGCUCGGUGUUCCGCUGCGCAGAGCCCCGACGCCGUGGACAAGGAGUACGCCGACCUCAACCUCCGGCCUCUGUACCCCAACAGGGGCCAUCACAUGCGCAUACGGCAGCACGUGAACCCGCUCAGCUCAUCCUUCUCGGAGCCCACGGAGCCGCCAGAGUGGAAGGAAGUGUUCGACGACCCCCUGCUUCCCCUCAUGGUCGACAUCGGCUGCGGGAGUGGGAGAUUCUUGAUUUGGCACGCGAAGAAUUCUGGCAAGAGGCAGAACUACCUUGGGCUAGAAAUCCGCCAAAAGUUGGUGGAGCGGGCACAGUUCUGGGUGAAUGAAUUGGAGCUUAUGAAUGUCUGUUUUAUGUUUGCAAAUGCAACGGUGUCUUUUCAGAAAAUCAUAUCGUCAUACCCUGGUCCCUUGUCACUUGUUUCAAUACUGUGUCCUGAUCCACACUUCAAAAAGAGACAUCACAAAAGAAGAGUUCUGCAGCAACCAUUGGUCGAUUCAAUCACAAAGAAUCUCUGUUUAGGCGGACGGGUUUUCAUACAAUCAGAUGUACUAGAAGUAGCUGUAGACAUGAGAGAAAGGUUUGAUGGGUACUCUGGUAUUUUGGCACAUGUUAAUUAUGUCGAUCAAGAUCUUCAGUGUGACCAUGAAGGAUGGCUUCUGGACAACCCAAUGGGAAUCCGGACAGAGCGAGAAAUCCAUGCAGAGCUUGAAGGAGCAACCAUAUACAGGAGGAUGUACCAAAAGAUUAGAGAUGCUUCUUAG